AUGCCUUGUCAAUCGAGUCGUCUCGUCCGGUUUGUAAGGGCCCCGGUAAGGAUCUACAGUCCGGCUCCUUCGCAUGUUCUUCAGCGCACAUUCGCAGAACACCAUUUCCCAGGAAAUAAAGCCGAAUCACUUGAACACAGUCAAAUAUUCAAGAUAAGCCAGGCUAUCGAACAGGACCACAGAGAACUGGAGGAUUACUACAACCGCAUUGGCAGCUCCAAAGACCCCGACGAGCAGAGGCGAUUUCAGAAUGCCUUCAUUUGGGAGCUAUCACGCACUCAAUUGCAGAGGAGAUCGUUAGCUGAUAUGGAUCGCGAUGAGCAUCAAAAGGUCAAAGAACAACUCUACGAAUUCCAGAAGCUGAAACCUGGAGACCAAAGCUUCCUCCCCACGUUGGAGGCGCUCUUCAAAGACCUGAAGCGUCAUAUCAAAGAGGAGGAAGAACAAGAUCUUGUAAAACUGGAGGAUGCACUUGGGCUGACGCAGUCUAAGGAAUUGUGUCAGAAAUUCGAGAAGACGAAGUUGUUUACGCCAACCCGAAGUCAUCCCAGCGCUCCUGAUAAACCCCCAUUCGAAACGGUCGUUAGCUUCAUGACCGCACCAAUUGAUAAGAUCCGGGACCUAUUCACCAAGUUCCCAGACUCUAAAUCCACAAAGCCGUAUGGUGGUAAAUCACCCUGA